AUGUCUAUGGAGUUUUGUCAACUAAUUCCCACCAUUGACAUGCUAAUACAUAAGUUUAUUGAUGCAAAAGCAAGUACUGUCAAGUUUGAAUUCCUUUGCCAACUUGUCACCCACCGUUAUCGUCAGAGUUCUUUCAGGACCUUUCCCAAAAGCGAAAGUUUGAACUCUAAUUAUUUGACUCCAUAUCUGGAAUCGUCAGGACAAAACUUUACUAAUGGAGCUAAUUUUGCGAUAAGUGGUUCAUCAACUCUUCCUAGAUCUGUUCUAUUCAGUCUGGAUGUUCAAAUUCUUCAGUUCAAUCGAUUCCACAACCGCUCCCUCGAGUUUGUAUCUAAAGGUGUCAAAUAUUUGGUUGGGGAUGAGGAUUUCAAGAACGCUCUUUACACCAUAGACAUUGGACAAAAUGAUCUAUCUGCGGCAUUUGGUCACCUUUCAUUUGUGCAAGUUACCGAACAAAUCCCUUCUUUCAUCUCCGAAAUUAAAGAUGCUAUCUGGAGCCUGUAUCAACAUGGUGGGAAGAAUUUCUGGGUACACAACACCGGGCCAUUGGGUUGUUUGCCUCAAAAACUUGCCACAAGCAAUGAAAAUGCAAGGAUUUUUGAUAAGCAUGGAUGUCUACAGAGUCUGAAUGAAGGUGCACAAUUAUUUAACGAAAAAUUAAGGGAACUAUGCGAACAACUGAGAUCCGAAAUGAAGAAUGCUACUAUUGUGUACGUCGAUGUUUAUGCAAUUAAGUAUGACCUCAUUGCCCAUUCUGCUAUAUACGGUGAGUAUUGA